CAUGAAUAUCGCGCCAAACAGUCAAAUACUCUGCAAGGAAAAUAUCAUGGCUAUCCGCAAUUGCCUCAAACACCUGCUGUCGCGAGCUUAGGUCCAGUGGUACCCCUACAAGACUGCUUGACUUAGGGACAUCACGUUCCAUGAAUCCUCGACUUAUUCUCACGUCAGCUACGCAGCUACGAGUUCGGCUGAGAAAAUAGGCGGAUUGGAGUAUGCCGCUUUGAGUUACUGCUGGGGACCUUUAGAUGAAGCUGCAUUGAACUUGAAAACCGAGAAGAGCACUUUGGAUGCCACAUGAAGAGUAUUAGUAUGGGAAAACUUCCACGGGCCUUACAAGAUGCCGUAAAAGUUUGCAGAGAGCUUUCUAUUCGCUAUCUCUGGGCCGACACGCUCUGCAUCAUCCAAGAUGACGAAGACGACUGGCAAAAGGAAGCAAGCAACAUGGGAGAGAUCUAUAGUAACGCCACUGUCACACUAUGCGCCCUAGCAUCCACAUCUUGCAAUCAAUCGUUUCUUGAACGGCGCGUGUUUCAAUCAUGGUUCACUUUCGUGUUUACCACAAUUGAUCCGCGCGAUUCACCUUCGCACCUUACUCAUAUCGGGAUCGACAUGCAGUUGUCGAAGUGGAACGAAAGAGCAUGGACGUAUCAGGAAUAUAUGUUGUCACGAAGAAUGAUCUGUUUU